AUGUUGAUCCAGCUGAUAAAACUCUCUGCAUUGAAACAGGGAAAAAAGGUGUUAAGAGACUUUAACAUCGUAGCAGCAGCCAAUGGGACUGGUAUAGAAGUUACCAGGAAUUUUACUGCCCUUGUAGAGAGUGGCACAUUGGAGAUCCAUUUCGUGUGGUCUGGCAAAGGGACGAAUGCCAUUCCGUACAGAAGCGUCUACGGGCCUCUUAUAUCAGCAAUUUCUGUAACACCGGGUACGUACAUGGAGAUGUUUUCCGCUCUUUCUUUAUCAUCUGAUUGGUUGAUUCUAAUUACUUUUUUGCGUUGUAGAUUUCACACCUCGCGUGUUCAAGGACAAAAAGUUUCCAGUUGGCGGUAUUGUUGGAAUUGCUGUUGCUUCAACUGUGUUAGUGAUGCUGGUGGUUUUGGGUAUAAUAUGGUUUUAUCUGAGAAGGAUGGCAAUGGAGAACGAUGGUGAGAUGCCUCUUGUUUUGGCAUAGAUCUUUUUUACUUCGUUGUUAUUAUACUGAUGGCAUUUGUCACCAUUUUUGUAAUCUUCUGAGCAGAGUUCAAAGGUUUGGAGUUGCCAACAGGCUCUUUCACUUUAAAACAAAUCAAAGCUGCCACGAGAAACUUCGACCCCGAAAACAAGAUUGGUGAAGGUGGAUUUGGUCCGGUUUACAAGGUCAACCACAUAAUCAUGACUUCAUUCGGUUUUACGUUAUGUCUGAAAUGCAGUCCUGGUGUUAUCUUGAGAGCCUUUUAGUAAUAAACACAUGUUGAAAACUUUCAGGGGGUUCUUCCGGACGGUUCUAUGAUUGCCGUGAAGCAGCUUUCAUCCAAGUCAAAGCAAGGAAACCGGGAAUUUGUGAACGAGAUAGGCAUGAUAUCAGCCCUACAGCACCCGAACCUCGUAAAACUUUAUGGGUGCUGCAUUGAAGGGAAUCAGUUGCUGCUGAUAUACGAAUACAUGGAAAAUAACAGCCUUGCCCGAGCCCUAUUUGGUAACCAUCUUACGGUUUUCUCUCUUUGUAAUUUCUGCCUACUACUUUCUGGGAAUUUCUUUGCUGGAUUUAUUCUAUGAGGUUGUUGGGUGUGUAACAUGCAUGUAACAAUCAUGGUGUUGACAGGACCUGAAGGGUUGAAGUUGGAAUUGGAUUGGCGAAAUAGGCGUAAAAUUUGCAUAGGAAUAGCAAGGGGCUUGGCCUACCUUCACGAAGAGUCGAUGCUGAAGAUAGUUCACAGAGACAUCAAAACGACGAAUGUCCUUCUUGAUAAGGAUCUGAAUGCAAAGAUAUCAGACUUCGGACUGGCAAAACUCGAUGAAGAGGAGAAUACCCAUAUCAGCACGCGGAUAGCAGGAACCAUGUAAGCAAACUCUCUUUCUGAAAUAUUGGAGUUUUAGGUAUGGUAUUAGAAUUUCCUGACUUUCCUUGAAGUUCUUGAUAACAUUUCUGACCUGUAGGCACUUGUGUCUCAUCAGCUUGAAAUUUUUGUUUUAAGCCAUGUUAGUCUUACCGUAAAAUCAUACGUACCAUUCCUGCUUAGUCUAAUAGGAAAAACACCUACCAUCACCCUCGCUUAAUCUAAUAGGAAAAACACCAAUUUGUUUCUGCAAAAUUGUCUCUUGUGCUGACCAGCGUCUGGAUUGUUUUGCUCCAGGGGCUAUAUGGCUCCUGAAUAUGCGAUGAGGGGUUACUUGACGGACAAGGCAGACGUUUACAGCUUUGGCGUGGUCACGUUGGAGAUUGUGAGUGGAAAGAGUAACGCCAACUGUCGCCCCAAAGAGGACUUCAUCUACCUUCUCGAUUGGGUAUGCAACAUUCGUUUUAUUGUGUCAUCAUAAUAUAUAUGUAUAGAUUUCUUGCUAAUGGGUUUUCUGUUUUUCUCAGGCUUACGUGCUGCAGGAGAAUGGUGCCCUCCUUGAACUGGUGGACCCCGCCCUGGGUACCAACUUCUCCGUGGAGGAAGCGCAGCAGAUGCUGAACCUGGCCCUCGUGUGCACCAACCCUUCCCCGACUCUUCGGCCUGCCAUGUCCACUGUGGUCAGCAUGCUCGAGGGCCAUACUCCCAUUCAAGUCCCGACCAUGAAGAUCACCCGGACAGAGAGCAUGGAGCUGAGGUUCAGGUCCUUCGAGAAGCUCUCCCAGGAUGGGCAUAGUCAGGCCGUGUCCAUGGACGGGCCGUGGGCAGAUUCAUCGUUGUCUAUGCAGAGCAGCAAAGAAGACGGCCACUCUCACUCCACCACAGCCCGGCUCCUCGGCAACGACUGA